GUGUUUCAUAGCAGAGGCGUGGAAAUCGCGAUCUAUGUGAUUUUGAAUAGAAUUGGCAGGGCUGAUACCAAGAGCGACUCGUUCUAGUAGAAAAAUGUGCGUCUUUAAGAGUUGCUUGUCAAUCUUUACAAUCUCCACAACUGUGUUGAACAAAUAAACGCAGCAUGUGCAAACCAGCUGUACAUGGGCCAUGCACAGAUGUUAAGAUCUUUUCGUUUUAUCACCCAUUCAACAACAAGAACUACAUUUUAUAUAAAUCGGCGUGGUUCCAGCUGAGCAUCGGAAUUCAACCCAAUUAAUUUUUCCACUCUAUCUAUCUUUUCGAGCGUCCGAAAUGGUGAAAAUUGCCAUUUUCACAGCCCUACUAGCAACCAUAACAGUCGCCCAAACCACAACACCGGCACCAAGCACAACCAUCCUCUCCAUCUUCGAAGAAAACAACUCCCUCAACGCCCAGGUCUUUAGCAACAUGGGCGGCAGCAUCGUCAACGUCGAUGCAUCUAGUAACCAAACCAUUAUCGCCAUAAACUGUGUUCAAAGUUUACUAGCAUAUUGUUCUUUUUCAUCAUACGUCCUGCCUAUGACAAUAACCAGCGGUCCGUCGACGUUUGCCUGGAGUAUGAGUUCAACCGCACUGUCGGGCUCGGUUUAUUCCAUUGCCGGGCAGUCACAGAAUUGUGCGGUAAUUGGGUCCACGCAAAGUGCGAAUUGUUUGAUAUAUGAUAAUCACUGGCAUUUGAAUAUAUCUACUACGUCCUUGUCCAGUACAUCUGCGACUGUGGAGUUGAGUGCCGCGCAGAUCACGUAUGAUCUUCUCACCGUUACGGCUGGCAUUGAGAAAUUAUCACCUGAUUCUACGGCUUCUGUGUCGAGUAUCACUGUUACAGGCACUGCCACUAGCUCGACUGACCCCGGGAAGAAUAGCUCCAAAGCAUGGAUCGCAGGCCCUGAUAUAGGCGAUGUGGUGGGGUGUACAUAACUAGUCUCAUCAAAGUUGUAGGCAUCUUCAUAUGCAAUCCCAUGCUGGAUCAUAGUGAUUUGUACGAGGUCAAACCAUUACAUCCUAAAUUGACUCCCAUACCCGCU